UUGGAGCUCAAAUCGCGGUGGUGAAACAGCCUUACAGGAAGGAAAUUAAGGCGAAUCAAACCCACAAUCCUUUGAACCAUGAAUGAAACUAUGUGUAGCUCUAGCGAAUGGAAGCAACUCUAUCAACAAACCUUUGAUAGUUCUUUCGGGUUCUCCGAUGCUACCACAGUCACCACUAUCUCUGUCACAUCCGGAAAUAACUUGAACCCCAGCAGUUCAUUUGCAGCUGGUGACCACUUUACCCCGAAGGGCUGUGUCUCAAAGCCUACUCGGAGGCGGUCCAGAGCUUCUAAAAGGACAUCCAUCACCCUCCUCAAUGCCGACGCUAAGAACUUCCGAUCCUUGGUGCAACAAUUUACAGGCUGUCGCCGCCGUGCCACUUCCAUUUCAUUUGGCAACCAAAGAGGACCUGUCAAUAUAAAUUUCGCACUUGGAACGGAGCACGAUCAUCACAAUACUCAUCCUGCUUCAGUACUGUCCGAACCCUUUGUUGAGAAUAAUGGUUACUGUUCUGGGCAAUCUUCAUCGCAACUGCAACAGCAAGAAGAGCAUCAACAAAACUACCAGCAGCUGUCAAGUGAAGAACAGGAAAGGGAGUUUUCUUUAGACAGUAUCACGCCCGAUGAUUAUCUUCUUACAUCUUGUUUGCCUAGAUCAGGUCCUGAGAUCCCACAAGGGCUUGCCAUGGAUGAUAUGUAUUUCCUGGCAUGAAGGUUUAGCUUUAGCAAGUUAUUAAUUAGAAUUCCUAAUUCCUUCAUCAAAGAAACAUUAAAAUUCUGUUUACUUGUUCUAGCGAGAAAGUCAAUAAAAGUAACUGAAUGAUGUUCUUCAAGUGUUUUAGUCUUUUAGAAAUGUGAUAAUGGAGCAAUGAAAACGAGAUUUUCUCUUU